AUGGCUGAAAGUAGUUCACGCAAAAGACCAUUCAAACCAAAUAUAAAAAUAAUGAGACCAAAGCGUCUUCAGAAAUUUCUCAAGUUAACUAAAAAUGACGAAGAAGAAAUCUUUCAAGAAUAUCGAAUACUUGAAGAAUACGAACGAUUAGGUGCGAUGUUCAGUGAAUCGAAUACAGAUCCGAAGAAAUUGGACAAAUAUCGUUAUGUAGAUAUCCGUGCUCGAGGCCCAUGGAAAGACACUGCGAUUCAUUUGACAGGCAGUCACCGUAAACAUGAUUAUAUCAAUGCAAAUUUAAUCACGAUGCUUCAUAAAGAUCGCGAUUACAUCGCUUGUCAAGGGCCAUUACAAAACACAUGCGAAGAUUUUUGGGACAUGAUUCUUCAAUAUCGAAUUUCGAAAAUAGUCAUGUUAACUAAAACUCAUGAGCGACAUCCUGACGAUCCUUCCAAACUUGUUGAGAAAUGCUUUCAAUAUUUUCCAAAAGAAAUCAACAUUGCGUUAAAGUUUAGUUCAAUCAUUGUUCAAGUUAUAGAUAUUGAUUUGAAAACGAAAGAUCUUGAAAUUCGUCAUCUUCAAAUAACACGACAUAAUGAUCAACAUACUGUUAUUCAUUUUUAUUUUACUGGUUGGCCAGAUUUCGACGUUAUCGAACCAGGACGAUUUCUUGCUCUCAUCGAUCAGGUGAAUCGCACAGAAAAUUGUCCGUCGGACGCUUGCAAAAGUAAUCGAAAUCAAAUAUCACCACCAAUGGUUGUUCAUUGCAGCGCUGGUGUUGGUCGAACAGGUACUUACAUCGCAAUAGAUGUACUUAUGUCUUUACUCGAUUGUCCUAAUUCGGACUCAUCGACAGUGGAACUUGAUGUUAUGGGUACUGUUCAUCAGCUAAGAUUAGCACGAAAUAGAAUGGUUCAAACAAAGGAACAAUAUUUAUUAUUGUAUCGUUGUGUUAAAGAACAAUUGGAACGAAUGAAACGAUUUGAUUCUGAUGUCAGCCAGAUUGAGACAUCUGACAAACACAAGUUAGAUUGUAAAGGUCAUCCUUGCAUCAGAUGUAACAGAUGUCGUGAUUGGUAUUUUACUGGGGAUCCGACGACAUUCGAUUGGCUGCGAGGUUACAAACAUUGGACUAACAAUGAAAAGCUUCGUUAUAAUACUUAUGAGAGCGUUAUUCACCAUGAGGGUCGUGAUUAUCAUCGUGAAGGUCUUUAUGGUACCAAGGUUAUUGGUGUUACUCUUCAUCGUUAUUAUUAUCACUCUAAGGAUGCAAGUCAAAUUCCAAAUCCUCAACGAUAUCAAAUUACUAUUAAAGAAAACGAUGGUUUCGACGAACGCGAACUUUCAAUUGACCGAAUUCUGAAAAAAGGGUCAUCGAAAUUGUACAAAUUGAAAAAUAAUCAGCGAAAACUUGUUCAACAAAAAAUUUAUCAUCCAGGUCAUAACCGAACAUACAAAAUUGACUUUGAAGGGUUUACACCCAAAUGCACAAUAAGUGAAGAUUCACCAUUCGAUUCCAUUGAUUAUUGGUCACAAAUAGUGAAAUCUUAUGGUGGAGAAAAUAAAAAAUAUGCAGAAAUUGUUGUCGAUGACGAUUGUAAUGGUGAAUGUUUGAUAUGGUCAGAAGAAUACAUUAGUCAACUAUUGGGAAUAAAUGUCUACAAACGAUUGUUUGUUCGAAAAGCGAAUAUGAGACCAAUCAAAAAAGAUCGAAUACUGUACGACGCAAAAGCCAAAGAGACUAAAUUUGAGUUUUCAGAUGUAUUUGUGAAUUGGAAUUUAGGGGAAAUUUCCGAAUCAGAAUAUGAAUUUCCCAUGGAUGUCAAGACAUGCUCCGACGAGUAA